UGCUUGCAGACCCGCAUAACCCACCAAGAAAGUCUCUUACGUUCUAUGCAACAGGAGAAUUAUACGCUGAAACGUAGCAUACGUCACUAUGAGCGCUGUUUAGACGAUGUUAUGCGAAAAGUGGUGGACGCCAUUGUCGCCGAAGAUAUACUCCGCGAGGAGGUCACCAUGCUUAAGAAUCGUGUACGCGACUUGGAAGCGCAAAACGCUGCGCUUUCAGCCAGUCCUGCCAAGGGACGCGACGAAGGUUAUUGUACAAUGAGCAGUGGGCAGCCGCAGCCGUCGAAUGGGCAUCUGGAAGAUUUGCCAGAAGAGCCGGAGCAAUGGCUGUUACCCGCCGAACCGUGUUCGACUGAAAUGGAAGACUGGAGCAUGUCGCAAGAGGAGUUGCCCGUAGUGACGCUGGACGAUGAGCAUCAAAACCUGCGCGGCGGGCGUUUGAUAACAAACCUCCGGAGGCCAAACGGUGAAAAUGAUUGGAUAUGGAACUCGAAUGAUUUCCUAACUUCUACUACGGCGGAAACGGACUCUGAGUCAGAGGCGAUCUCGCAAUUGUUGCAACAAAAGAUCGUUUACUCCGAAGAUGAAGACAUUGCGCGCACUGAGUUCACCAACGAGUUCUACAAGCUGGUCGAUAUACGUUCUGCCUCGGCGCGCAGUCUAUUUUCCUACAUAGAAGGCGAGACAGACGAUGAGGAUGACGACGAUGAGGAUGCAGCGUCCAGGCUGUCUGAACGACGCGUGCGCCUGCGCUGCAAGCCAACGCUAAAUGGCAACAGACUGAAAGCGCCCAGCCCAACGCCAAGCGAAGCGGGACGUGCGCAAGUGACCAGCUGCUCAUCCAGCGAAUCAGACGAACACUCGCCUUGCACGGCGACGCAACACGAACUGAAUAGCAGUGUAGUCGAAGGCAGCAUCGAAGAGGAGAUGGACACACAGUUGUGUGGCAACGAAAGCAGUGAUAUCGAAAUCGAAGACAUACAACUAGAACCAGAGGUAUUGCACAAGCUAAACGAGCAAGAAUGCAUUGAAGCAAUAAUACGCACGGAACUGCGUAGACCCGUAGUAGCUGCAGCGGCAGCGCAUCCAAUGGUCAAAUCUAAAUCGAUGAUGCACAAAACCGAAAGCGAGCUAAAUGGUCUCAAUGGACUGCUGCGAAACGGUGCAACGGUCGUAAACGGCAACAAUGGCAGGCCGCCGCGUGUGGUGCGCAGCGAAAGUGUUGGCGGCAGUCCCAGCAGCAGUGGCAGUAGCGGCGGCAGUGGAGGUAGUGGUAUGAGUCGUGGUUCUGUGAGUGCGCACAAAUUGCAGCAGCGAUCUGUCAACUCUUGGCGCAAAAGCAGCGGUUGGAAGCGCAUCGUGACGCCGACGAGUUCGCCCACAGCGCCGUUGUCACCGAAAAAGGAAGUGAAAACGGAGAUUGUGCGCAACGGU